GAGCAAUCAAACAAGAAUGUGUGGGUAGCCCUAACAUUCCGAGUUGGGGACGAACAAAAAAGUGCUUUUUUUUAAGAAAAAGGGGAUGUUUUGUCUUCACGGUGUCUAGCUAUUAACUUGUCAACUCAGCAAAAAUGAAUUGCAGACUACCUGCGCGUCGGAGGAUGUAUUACACAGGUAAUGUCUAAAUUGAUGAGUUAGACUAGAAAGCCACACGUUGGAGUCUCGUAGAUGCUCUGAAAAAAUCUGAGUCAAUUCCCGCCUGCCCAAAUACAGUCGGGGUUAUUGCUUUUUCUCCACCGUCAGCGGCGGGCCUCGUUUCUCCGAAAAAAUGGCUACAGAGGAAGCGUCAGAGACCAUAUUGAUUCGGCAUCUCCCGGAAGCUAUCCCUCCCGAAACUCUCUCUAGACUCUUAACUCACUACGGCGCAUCUUCUGUCCGGCCUUGUACUCAUGGAAGUGUAAAAAAUUGUGCCUUUGUAGAUUUCAAGGAUGAAGCAUUGGCAUAUCAAGCACAAAGGCAGUUGAAUGGACUGCGGUUUCUUGGUAAGAUAUUAUCUGUUGAAAGAGCUAGUAAACGAACUGAGGCAGACAAGCAUCAACAGCAGAGUGUUCAUGGCACUGGCAAGGAUUCAAUCAAUUUGAACAAAGAUAGUGCUUCAUACAAAGAUUGUGAUGGAAGCUCAAUAUCCUACCUACGCAAUGAACCAAUUGCUGAAAGACUUGGAGUGGAAUAUCCGUUUCCACCUCAUCUUGAAUAUGCAUACCCUCCACCUGAUGGACACAUUCUGACUAAUAUUGUAAAUGCUCUUAUCGCUGUUCCACGGUUUUACACACAGGUCUUACACUUGAUGAACAAGAUGAAUAUCCCUGCUCCAUUCCGGACUGCACUGCCCACUCCACCUCUGCCAAUCCCAGCAUCUUUCACCCCUCAACCUCCACCACCUCCUCCACCAACAGAUAAUGAAACUACAGCAAACAACUUGUUGAGCAGUGAAUCAGAAAUGGAGUCUUCUGAUGAGGAAACUCCUCCAUGUGUUGGUGGCCCUAAAAGAAAGCGGGUGAAGCGAGAAGCUAUUGUUGGUCCUGCGGUGAACAAAGAUGUCGCUCAUGAGGCUGUUGGAUUGAAACCUGCUGUUUUGCUUCCAAAAGAAAUGCCAAUGAUAAAAAAGAAGAACUCCGUAUUGCAGAUCAAAAUAGCACCUAAACAAGUUCAUUCUGACCGGAUGAAUGAUGAUAGUACAAGAGAUGUACAUGGGGAAGAUGCGGAGAAUUCAGAUAAUAAGCCUGUUCUGACUAUUGAAGAAUUGAAGAGUGGGAAAUUGGUCCCUGAAGAAAUUUUGUCACUUCCAGUGUUCAAGAAUUAUUCUGUCGGGGAUCCAUCUAGGGUGUUGUACAUCAAGAACUUGUCAAGGGAUGUAAUUACAGAUGACUUCUACUUCAUUUUUGGAUCCUUCUUUGAAAGUACUGAUGCUGCUAGAUCCAGUCUGACUGUGAAGUUAAUGCAGGAAGGAAGAAUGCGUGGUCAAGCUUUUAUUACAUUCCCGACAGUUGAACUAGCUCAGAAUGCAUUGAACCUGGUGAAUGGGUAUGUGUUUAAAGGCAAGCCCAUUGUCAUUCAGUUCGGGCGUAAUACUGCUUCCGAGACCAGCUAAUGGGACAGGGGUCACUGCUGUUAUAUUCUGAGAGAAAUUUAAAUUAUGACACUCAAAACUUCAUUAUGAGGGGUGACUCAAGCAAGCUUCCGUCCAAAGUUGAAGAGACAAUGGCAAUGUGUAUAGUUGUUCAUAUGCUUACCUAAGAAGCUUCAUUCUGUUAAAUGUUUUUUGGCGUCUAAAUCAGCAUUUGUACAUACAUUAACCUUGUUAUAGAGUAUAGACUAUGGUCAAAUAUUUUGCGUUAUGCUUGGGGAGAUCACUUUUACACCUUGAAUCGUCCCGUGAGUGUCAUUUUCAACUCGUGUUUUUAUGAUACUCGUGAAAAUGCAAGGAUUUUGGUACACUAUUAUCAUAUCAACCUUGACUCCUUGAUCCACAUUGUAAUGUAGACGAUGAUUUUAUUUAUUAUUCCAUGCUUCCAGCA